GAGGGGCGGUGCGGGGCGGGCGGCGGCCGCGGGAGGGCGCGGCGGGCGCGGCGCGGGCGCUGCCGCAGAAGAUGUCGGCGGGGCGGCCGUGGCCGUGGUGGCUGCUGCCGGCGCUGCUGUGCGGCGCCGCGGGCGGCUACGUGGUGGUCAGCUCCGUGUCGUGGCCGCUGCCCGAGGCGGGGGCGGCGGCGGACGAGCUGCACAGCUCCUCCACCGAGGAGGCGCUGCCCGCGCUGCUGGAGGAGGCGGGCGGCCUCUGGAAGCAGAGCUACCCGGCCUCGGCGUACCGCGAGGAUGCGGCGCUGGGCUCCGGGCCGGCGGCGCGGCGGCCGGGGCAGGGGGCCGCCCCCUCCAGGAUGUUCUCCUACCGGCGGGAGGGCGGCGGGGCGCCGGGACGCGCCGGGACCGCCCGCUUCCUCGCCCAGCACAACACCUGGGGCUUCCUGGCGACGCGGGCCGCCCGAGGAAAGAUCCAAGGUAUGCCCUACGGGAACUGUUUACUUCUCAGCGAUGGUCCCGUCAAUAACAGCACUGGAAUCCCUUUCUUUUACGUGACACCAAAGGAUAACACUGUGACAGAUCUUCUCAAGAAUCCCAUGGCUUCUCUGACCCUCCCAGAAACAGAUGGAAAUUUCUGCAGAAAAAACCUAAUUGAUCCAGAGGAUCCAAGGUGUGCCAGGCUGACUCUCAUGGGACAGAUGGUCACGGUGCCUCCGGAGGAAAUAGAAUUUGCCAAGCAAGCAAUGUUUUCCAGGCACCCAGUGGUAAGGAAGUGGCCUCGUAGCUAUGAGUGGUUCUUCAUGAAAAUGAACAUUGAACACAUCUGGCUUCAAAGCUGGUAUGGAGAAGUUUCUCCCAUUGCAGUAGAAGAGUAUUUGAAAGCAGUUCCAAGUAAAGGAUGAUUGAAUGGGCUUUUGAGAUAGAAAUCUCCUGAGUUCCCUUUCCAGACACUUUUAAAAUUUCAUAGUAGGUGGUUUCUUUACAGUGAUAUUUUUCUUCUUCUCCCAAAAGGCUUCAAAAUAGCCCUGUCCCACAUGGAGCAGAGUGAAAAUAAGUCAACACAGACUUCCAAAUCAUAAAGGAGAGGUGGAUAUUAGCCCUACCCUGCAAUGUACAGACUUGUCAUUUCAAGCAGGCAAUGCGUCAUCUGAAAUGCUGUUUUUAAAAUGCUUUGUAUCUGUUUGUUUUGACUUCUAUUGCUGUGCACCCACAGGGAAACUACACUAUGUGCUAAAUAUAAUGUUCUGAUUUGCAGAAAAUGCAAAUUGCCUACUCAGAACCCUCUAUGCAUUGUGGAGGCAUUACUACUGCUUGGUCUGCCUUGAUUUGUAAGUACUUUAAGAGCAACUAAUUAGCUGCAAAUUUAGGUAUUUAAGUUUUAAAACAAAUUAUUUGCUAAAACUGUCCUCAUUUGCAAACUUCUGUUUUCUAUGUGUGCGUUUCCCUAAUUUGAUAAUUUGAUAUUUCACUUGGAAAUUGAGUAAAACUUCUCUCUUUAGCAGAAAAAAUGCAAUCACUUCAAACAACACAGCUCCAAUAUAACUUGUCUCUGACACAAAGCUGGUUAAAUACAGUAAAGGCCAAAAUCAAAUCAGCCCCACAAGGAUUAGCUCAAUACAAGUAUAAACAUUCUCAUAAGAAGAAUUUAAGUACAUGUUCUCAGCUAGCCUGUUCCUGUCAAGACAGGAAAAGUAUUUUUAAUGGCCUGUAGUCCCAUUUUUUUUUCUGCCUCCCUGCUCCAGCCACUGCUUUAUUUUUAACUGGCUUGUGCAACUGAUUUUUUGUAAGCCCUCACUAACUCACUGAGGGGUGGAGCCUGUCCCUCAACUCUGAUUCCUCCCCAAGAUUCAAAGGGCUUGUUCACGCAUUUAUUUUUUAAAGAAGCCUAAAGGUGGUAGAUAUUUCAAGGCAUGAAAAACUGCUUUUCCCAGUGUGGAAAGUGCAAACUUUGUUGCAAAAACAUUAUGUAUAGGCUUCUCAUGUGGUAAUACCAGAAGAAUUCAAAGGUAUUUUAAUUGCUGUCAGCUCUUUCUCUAGAUGCUCUCCUGGUAAACUUAUUCUGCAGUUCUUAAGGGUAUCACAGAAAGAAAAUUCCCAUGGCUAACCAGCCAAGUCACCACAGCUUGAAAAUUAUAUGGCUGCUGUUACAUUAAGAAGGAGACACAUGGAGAUGGGGUUUAUGUGCCUGUGAGGAAGGUCUUCCAGCAUCCCUGGGAGUGCAGUUGAGCCCUGGACAUCAGCCUGCACCACGUCUGGGCUGGGGAGGAGCCUGGGUGCCUGGGCGAGUGCCCUGAGCUUGUACAGGUUAAUCCCUGGGCAGAGCUCAGAGACAGCUGCAUGAGCUAUGAUCAGCUGGAAGCCAAUUAAAUGUAGCUGAGCUUAUUUUGGCUCAGGAGAGAGGGAGUCAUUCCCAGAACAGCUGGGCACCAUGCUGGUUUAACUACAAGGGGCUCCAGGGUGCCCAACUUAGCCCUAGGGUGAGUCCCAGGCCUCAGGCAUCACUACUAUUCCUGAUAUUCCGUAAGAAGCCGAGGCAAAUGAGGGGGAAAACUUUGUUUAGACACUCACUAAGCUUUUUUUAUUCUUGUCUCAUUGCCAGAGACUUUGUUAGCUGUCCAGAUCUUUUGCAGAGGUAAUUACACAAAAGAAGGAAGUGUCCUGCCUGAAUUUAUUUCCUUCUUUUUUUUGUUCUUGGCAGAUGAGCUGCAUUUUCACAUUUGAGUUUGCCCCUGAAUCUUGCAUUAUGUAAUACUGAAGCAAGAUGGCCUGUUCUGUACAGCUUUAUAGAAUACCAUCAAGUGAAAUGCUCCUUGAUUUCCUAUAAUCUUUGUCCACUAUGGAUUUGAUGACUUUGUCCAUUAGAAUUAAUAAGACUUUCAAACCCGAAUUCACCAGGAAGAAUACUAGUCCUUGUAAGAUAAUUUCACAGAUGUAACAUUUACGUGAAAGUAUGAUUACAUAUUUCCUUAUCCCAAUUCACUACUAUUCCCAGAGAAACUUGAAACCCUCAUUCUGUCCCCCACUCCUAAAUAAACACAGAUUAGGCAAAUCCAGAGUAUAAUCUUAAUGUUUAAACAAACUGAAGAAGAGAGGAAGAAUUUUAGAAGUGCUACUGUUACUAUACUCUCAAUUUCAUUCACAUGCCCUGGCAACAGUGACAUGGUCCUAUGUCCUUUCCAUUACCUUAUUAACUAGCCUUGAAGUAGUAAGGGACUGUGUCAAGAAGGUUCAGAAGAGCUUUAGUCAUUUAAGAAGUCAGCGUGUACUAAGAAAGAUUUUGAAUUUACAACACCCUACUCGUUAUAGGCUGCCUCCCUGCACACACAGAUUAACUGGAGUAGCUUCUGUAUUGUAAAAUGACACAUUCAUCAAGAAGCUUUUCUGUAUGGACCUGCCAUGAGGCUCUUGACUGAACCUCAAAACAUGAAAUGCUGCUGACAUGUAAAGUGACAAAAGGGGCCUCAUGAAGAAAUGCUGUCUUUUAUCACCUGUUCUCAUUUCAUGCUUCCUUCACCCAACGAAUAACUAUGAGAGUCCUCGAAAGUCUGUAGAAAUUCAUCAAAAAUACAACCUCAGAUUUUUAAUGGAAUUUUCCAGACAAAAAACAAAAAGGGAGGUGGUAGUAGUUUUCUUGUUUGGGUUUUAUAUUAUUAUUUACAUAGGCUAGCUCUAAUUUUUCUUUAAACAGACAAAUGUCUCAAGUAAUAUUGGUCAUCACAUGGUAAGUGAUGUUUAUCGAAGGUUUUAACCCAGAGUUUUAUCUGAAAUAUCACAAUAAAAACAUAACCUGAAGAUUGUAAAGUCUCAUCUUGCUUCAAUUGAAGUCAAUAGCAAAAAACCCAUUUAUUUGUUGAGCUUUAAUUAUUGGAUCAAACAAGCAUUUUCAUAAGUCUUGAUAAACUCUUAUGUAUGUAUUUAUUAAGCAUUUCAACUAGUCAGUGUGUAAUUUCCAUGUGUUCUGUAUUUUUGUUAUUUCUGUAGCUUCCAAAAAAAGUUUGUUGUGCAACAUGUUUAAAAUUUUAACUGUGGUAUUGCAAUAUUUAAAAGAUGUAUUAGUCAUUUGUGUAUAUUUGCUGAAAAAAGAAAAAUGAAGUUGAAAAGUUGGGUUCUCACUUCUUGCUAAUUAGGGCAAAAGAAAUGCAUGUACAGGAUUUAGGCACAGCUAUUUUGAACUGCUGUUCUUAUUUAACCAAAGAAUGCUCUGUUUCUGAUGAAAUUUUCAUCACUUCAGUGGUUGAAAUGCAACCUGUCCCAUUUCUGGAUGUGUAUUGCAAUUUGCAAUGUAUUUUGAUUUCUAGAAAUACUGAAAAUUGUUAACAAAGUGGCCAUGAAGAAGAAAUGCAAAUAAAACAAAUUUCAAA